AGUCUCUCAGACCCCUCUCUCUCUCUCUCUCUCUCUCUCUCUCUCUCUCUCUCUCUCUCUCUCUCUCUCUCUCUCUCUCUCUCUCCCCUUCCGAAAGUUACAUACAUGACUACUUAAUGAUUAGCAGCCUUUGAAGAAUUUGCCGGUCACUACUCUGCUUCCUGUUGAGCUGUUUCCUUUCCCCCCUCCAUUCCAGACGAAACCAAUAAGAAAGAAAGUCGGCCAAAACAUAACAACUCGUUUCUUCUCUAAUCUGCACAAAAAUUUCCCAUUUCUCUGCAUUCUCUCUGCUCUCUCGGAGUCUCCCAAUGGCUGCUUUCGUCUCUCUCUCUUCCUUAGAAGUUGAUGAUGAGAAGCCCAGAAAAUCCAAGAUGGCGGGAUACAGCCAAGAGUUCCAGGCAAUGCUGGACAGCCUGGACGAAGAAGACACUCGCGACGAAGAAUUAGAAGAAGCUGCUGGAAGCUGCCAUGGCGCUGUAGAGAAGAAAAGAAGGCUGAAUAUGGGACAAGUCAAAGCUCUGGAGAAGAACUUCGAAGUCGACAAUAAACUGGAGCCAGAGAGGAAAGUGAAACUCGCGGAGGAACUAGGGCUGCAGCCGCGGCAGGUGGCGAUCUGGUUCCAGAACCGACGGGCCCGCUGGAAGACCAAGCAGCUCGAGAGAGACUAUUGUGGGCUUAAAUCCAGUUACGAUUCUCUUAAGCUCGAUUUCAAGAGCCUCCAGCAAGAGAACCGUACCCUUUCCCUCAGAGUGAAGGAAUUGAAAACGAAGCUGGAGGGAGAAGAGAGAGCAGAGAGCAGGGAGUAUGUGAAAGAAGAAUGCCCUGUUGUUUCGGAGUCAGAGAUGCAGAGUCAGAGCCUUGAUUUCAGCGAAGACAACAACAAUGGCGGCAACGGUAAUUGGGUCAGAUUCCAAACCCACAACGACGUUAGCAAUAUUCACUCUCCAGCAUUGAUGAACUGGAUUCAGUUCUCGGAUUCCAGAAACCAAAACCAUUGUUACGGCCACGACCAUGCGGCGAAAUUGGAAGAACAGAGUAGCAGUAGUACUCUGUUUUCAGCAGCAGAGGAAUCCUGCAAUUUCUUUUCAGUGCUGGAUCAAGCUCCUACCUUUCCAUGGUUCUGAAAGCAAAGAGAGGAGUCAAUUUCUAGGAAAAGUUGGUAUCUUCGUGGAAACUGGUUAGGGUUUUCUCCUCAAGAGGAAUAUCUGAAGUGGUGGUGGGAACCAGUUAUUUUCCUUUUCCUUGUUUGUGUUCAGUUCUACGCCAGUGGGGAAAUUAAGAUGGCCGAAAAGUUUAUCGAAAGAAAGUAGGGAUCUGAUCUCUGUGCUCUUGACUUGAUAUCAUCUGCUGGCAAGUGAUUAUGUGUGGUACGGGGAACCAAAAUUCCCGACGAUGGGAGACUCCCCAAAUGUGGAAACUUUGCAACUGCUUUGCAUUUAUUUUCGAAUCAUAAAUGAAGGAGGCGAGUUAGAUAAGUGCAGUGUAAAACACCCAUCACAUUGUAUUGUAGCUAUAAGAGAGGCCAAAUGUCUCUGUCUUGACCCUGAUUCCCAUGCGGUUCUCGAUUAAUGUUAUGAUUGGUUGCUUUCGCUUGUUUGUUAGGAGAGCCCAUGUGAUGUCGUUGGAUCAACAUCGUGGAUUCCCGAUUACUGAAUUUGAUAUGGUGAUCCAAUAACUUUCUCCAUGUUAAUCCAGUGGUAACAAAUGUUAUAAAGAGCG